CAAAUUUGUAUUCAAGCAGAUAAGAAUAAUGAAACAAACAGCUCCGUAUUAGAUAAAAUAUUGGAUGAGAUGGGAGGCUCCUUUGAAGUACAACCUAUAAUUUCUUUGAACAAGAGUAAAAAAAUGAGUAUCACUCAAAAAGCCAGAGAUUGGGAGAAAGAAAGUGAAAUGAAUAAUGACGAAGACCUGACAGAUGAUGAUAAUAAACAAGCAGAUAUUGAAAUAGCUUCAGGAUGGAAAAUUGUUGCAAAAUUGAUUCUCAAUUCCAAACCUGAUGUUGAAUAUAGUGAUGAUUUGAAAUAUGACAGCCCACAAUUAAAGUUUGGGAUGAAGCAGAGAGAAUAUGUUCACAUUGAUUUUGGGAAUAAAUUAGAAUCUGAACCACCAGAUAGCAAUCAAAAGAUGAGUAUCAAACAAAAAAAAGAUUCUGGAAUUCCUCUUGGCAUUACUGCACCAUUCAGAUCCAUUCGUGGAUGGGUUGGAUAUAAAAUGAAAUUAUUUCUUCAAAUUAAAUCCAGAGGGGAGAGAAGAAUCUGGACAGCUAUAUAUCGUAUUAAAUUUAUUCUAAAUGAAAGUUUAGCAACAGUAAAACAGCUUGUGAAUUCAA